GCUACUUACUUUAUUCAACAAACAAUGGUGCUACAAACAUAUUUCUUGGUGCAUAUAUGCAAGAAUCUCUUUAGGGGAAGUGUAUAGAAGGAAUGUCUAAGUCUAAUGGUAUGUUACAGCAUUCAACUUCAGAAGAUUACAUCACAUUAUUUUCAAAUUUUCAUUCCUGCAUUCCAACAGUGUAUGGGAGAUCUAAUCCUGCAUCCUUACGAUUUUGUCAAUACUAUGGUAUCUCGUUGUGGUCUUAUUUAGAUUUGAUAAUUAACGAUGUUGAGUAUCUUUCCACAGGCUUAUAAGCCAUCCUUCUUUCUGCAAAAUACCCGUUGAUGACUUAACUGCUUUUUUCUAUGACACACUGUCUAACCCUAACUGAACUGCGAGAGUUCUUUACAUAGUCUGCAAAAUAACCACUCGUGGAUUACUUUCAUGAAAAUAUUUUCUCCCAAUUUGUGACCUGUAUCUUCAAUCUAUUUUACUUCUGUAAAACAUAAUUUUCCAAAGCUUUUUAUUAUGGACAAGUUCAAACACACACAAUGAAAGUGGGAAGGAGGCCAGACAGCCCAUCUUUUUAGUCAGCGCAGGGCUCAGCCACUGGCCCUCCCCAGCGGCCAUACCCUGAGGAUGCAUCCUACCUCUGUUUGGGAGACAGCAACGACCUCGCGCCGGCCAUACCAACGCCAAAGCCAGCUCUCUCUCAGAGAACCGUGGGUGCAGGAUGAACGGCUCAUGCCGGCGAAAGCUAUGGCGGGAAAAACGGGUCCACAGCGGCAUGCUGGGAACGUUCAGAGCAUGCUGGGAGCACGCAGAGUAUGCUGGGAGCCCUCGGGGUAAGCUGGGAGAGCUGGGAUACGCUGGGAUAGGUGGCGGCCUGAUUACUGAGGCAUUCAGUCAACAGGAAAAUAUGAAUGAUUCUCAGCAGCAGUCACUGUUCUUCAUCACACUUCCUGAUUUACACAAACUCUGUGCUGUCAAGAUAAUAUUGAGUAACGGACUGGCAGACACUGAGAUUAGGAGUAGACAAAUGAAGAUAUGCAGGCAGUUGCUGUUUUUGCACCAAGAUAUCCUUACAUCACCUGUACCUGGAAUAUUUACCCAAAUUUGGGUGGUGAUGGCGAUAACAUUUUAUAAAGCUGGAAAACUUAAUGCCUAUAUGGGAAAAUAUGGAGCUAAGGUGGAGGCUCCACAACAAGUAAUUCCUAUAAUUCUUCAAAACUGCCUUUCAUAUUCACUCACGGCUAGACUUGCUCCAGCCUGGAAUAAAGCUGGCCACCUCUUGAUACAAGGAAGAGAAUUUCUUUCUCAGAUGGGAAAGCAAAGUGCUGUUGUGUUAGAUAUCAAUGUAACAUCAACUCAAGUUUGUCUAAGCAUAGAAGCUCACACAAUCAGACUGCCACCACCUCAGCUAAGAGAAUUUGAUAUUUCUCAGAGUAUUAUAAAGAGUUUUGAGACUAACCAGAAUGCUGUUAUUGAGGAACAGUCCAUUUUAAGCAACUGGUGCUACGUUUUGCCAAGUAUGAAAAUGGGACGAAUGAUAAGUAUUCUUCACACCAUACCCUCUGACUGUCCUUUUCACUCAUAUGAAGAUUUCCAGAUGCACUGGGAUGGCCUGUAUGGCUAUAAGCUUCCAGAAGACCUUGGAACUGUUAAAAUAUACUGCUGCAUCUACUUCAAAAUGAUAGGAGAAAGGCUCUUCACGUACCCUCUCAGCUGCAUCAGAAGUCAACCCAUACAGUUCUUUCCAAGGGUAGAUAUGGAAGGUGUGUUGAGAAGUUUUCUUUCAGAUUUAAAAUCUAAACUGCCCCAUAUAUGUGGAUUUCCCAUAAAGAUGACAACUAAACCGUGCUACUACACACAAGAACUAACCACACUGCAUUUGCAGAAAAACAAAGUCAAGCCGCCCAAUCUGACUGCUCAAGCCAAGUCCUCUCCAGCUCACGCCCCGUCCACGAGAGCCGCCCGGGCCCCGAGCUUCCCGCCGUGCUCAGCAGCUGCGGGCCACAAGGGGGCGCGCUCGGUCAGCCCGCCGAAGCCCUCGGGGUGCUCCGCUCUGUGCCUCCUGCCGGAGUCUGUCCUGAGCAGCAAGAAAGCGCCGUCUGACCAGGCCGCACAAGUACUGGAAGUACCCAAGCCCACCAGAGGAGAUGCUCAAGUUCAAGACACAAACUUUAGCUCCCAACAUAAUAUUGCCCCUAGAUUCAUACCAGUGUUCAAAAGUCGACCGUUACAGAUGACCAAAAGUAUCUUAGCACCUGAGAACCUGCGAAGAAAACGUAUUGAUACAGAAUCUAAAUUGUUUUCACUGAAAUCUAGUGAGAUCCAGGACGAUAAACCAAAUUUAGAUCCAACUACUAAAAAAAGACCUAGUCAUAGCAUUCAGAUGAAGGCUAAAAAUCUGAAUCUCAAGACUUGUAGAUCUCUGCAAGAAAAAAACACUGAACUCUAUGGAAAUAUGACAAAAAAUACCCUUUCUAGUGGAAAAUCAUUGAUCAUGAGUUUAAGUGAAAGUAAACAACUGUCUAAUAGUUCAGUAUUUCAGAUGCCAACUAGCAAUUUAGGUGUACUAAAAAGUGCUGUUGGCUCCCAAGUGAAUGGAAAAGAGAAUUUGACAAGCAAAUAUAUAACACAGGUUUUAGGGAAAAGCCAUGAGUCACUAAAAGUAAAAAGACAACCACAUAUUUUUGAGUCAGACACAGAUCCAGAAGAUUCCCAACCGCUACAGCCGCAAUCAGUUGACCAAACUAAAGAAGCUGAUGUAACUGACCACCAAGUAACAGUAAGCAGAACAGCCCCCAAGUCUAAGAAGUUAUGUCAGGACUCUCCAAAAACGUCAAAGAAGCCUCACUCCAAUACUGUCCUUUGUGGACAAUCCCGUGCUAGGAAACAGGUAAAAAACCAAAACGCAAUUUUAAUCUGGGGCCACUCAUCAUGUGAUACACUUUUAAACCCCCUAAAUAAAGAUUUAAAUGAUUUGCCAAAGAUCUCCUAGAAACACACUGAGAAUCAGAGUAUCUAACACACCUGCAAGUAUAUACAAUUAAUUUAUAAUAAAAUGUGAUUCUUCAAU